GUUUGAAGGGAUAAAAAAAAUAAAAUAACAAUGGCGUCACUUCUCAACGCGGAAAAAACAUACGCGGUUUUGAUUUCGUAUUGUCCUUCAAAAUGAUGUCAUUAGAGUGAAACGACGUUUCAGUCGAUAACGUAAUCAAGUUUGAAUCGACCAGGCGAGGGCAGAAGUGGGGAAAAAGUUUGUGUGAGAGGGAAAAGAAAGAAAGAUAUGUGUGAGAGACAAAUGGGCACCCGAGGUUCGAUCUCGUCGUCAUCCUCGGCCGCUGAGCACCCCCAGCCAUCAGAAAUAUCAAACGGAGAUGGCGACCCUGGGCCUUCUGCCAUAAAGUCAUGUCUGGCGCAUCACAGCAAAGAACAGCGGAAGGGGACUCGAGUCACGUUUCAGAACGGAGAACACACAGAGGAACCGGCCUCAGACAGCAGCCAUUGUCUGCGGCCGUUACUUGGAUACGACUGGAUAGCAGGUGUCCUUGAUGUGGAAAAGUCCCUGCAAGAACACUCUGAUGAUUUCUAUGAAGAACUGCAGGCUUUUCGAACGCAAAAUAAAAGCGAGUGCAUGCACCAUCCCCAAGCCAAAUUUUCCCCGGAUAGGCACUCUGUCCAGACGCUGUUUGCAGACAUCUGCAGUCCGGACGCUGACACAGAUACUCAUCAGUGCACCUUCUUGUACAGGCUGAACAGUAGACUGUUCCCUAUCCCCAUUCACCCCCAGGAGCGUUGUCCCGUGUGCAAAAUGCCAAAAUCCUCACACCCGCACACUAAAGACAAACCAGCUCUCAUCAGGGUCAGCAUCCCUCGCUCCACGCUCCUCCCCCCUUACGAGUACAAAGCGCAUCGCCGCAGCAGCUUCGACCCAGCUGACAGUUUGGGGUUACCCUCUCACUGCCUCUUGGGCUGGUCCCACACGGUUCGGAGCUACUUGCGCCCACCCAGCAACCUUGACCUACAAAGUCACCUGGAAAAGAACACUGAGCAACCAGAGUGGAGUUCCAGACAGGACGCUCCCUGCUGCAAUAUGAUUGGCUGCUGCAAAGAGGCAAGGAUCAGGUGACCAGAAGCCUUCAAUCUGACCAAGCGCCAGUUCUCACUCCAUUGGCUCGCCACCACUUCCAGCACUUCUCGCCCAAAAGAAAAAAAAAAAGACCAUCACCUUCAACCAGCAGAUGACAGACCUUCAAAAGUAUUUCCACCCAUCCUUUUUUUGUAGCGCUUGUCCUCAAUUAGGGUUGUAAGUGAGCCGAAGCCUUUCCCAGCUUACUUUUGUGUGAGGGGCAGGGUACCCCCAGGACUGGUUGCCAGCCAAUCACAGGACAUUCAUGGAGAAACAACCAUUCACAAUCACGUUCACUUCUACGGACAAUUUGGAAUCUUCAAUGAACUCAACAUGCUUUUGGAAUGUGGGAGGAAGCCGAAGUAUCGAGAGAAAACCCAUGCAAUCACGGGGAGAACUUGAAACUCCACACAGGAGGACUCGAGCCGAGAUCCGAACACAGAGACUCUUGACUGUGAGGCAAACGUGUUAACUACUAAGACACCGUUCUGGCUCAAAAGUUGAUUUUAGAAGAAAUUAUAAAUGUUAUGUAUUCAUGUGUGUCAAGUCAUGUUAAAUAAACAUAGUGAUCAUUUUA